GUGUCGUAUUUGACCACGUGGCACUGUCUGCGCCUGUGCGCACGCCUUUAGGGCUGCCCUAGCUGCUGGUCCAACGCCUCUAUGGUCUCGCCCUAGAGCUUUGCUAUUUGGGGGCAGUGGCCGCAAUUGUGUGGGUAGCAGGCCCCAAGUGACAGCAGCAUGGAGGAAUUCGACUCCGAAGACUUCUCCACGUCGGACGAGGAUGAGGACUACGUGCCGUCGGGUGGAGAGUACAGUGAAGAUGAUGUCAACGAGUUAGUGAAGGAGGAUGAAGUGGAUGGUGACGAGCAGGCUGAGAAAACCAAAGGGAAAAGAAGGAAGACACAGAGCAUUCCAGCCAGAAAGAGAAAACAGAGUGGCCUCUUGUUAGAAGACGAAGAGGAGGACGGCAAGGAAGAAUCCGGAGGUAGUAGCAGUGAGGAAGAUGAAGAGGACCAAGACGGAGGCCUUGGGUCUGAGAAUGCAAGGAAGAAGAAGGAAGAUGAAUUAUGGGCCAGCUUCCUUAAUGAUGUGGGACCAAAAGCAAAAGCAGCUCCAAGCUCACAAGUUAAGGCAGCAGAGGAGACUGAAGAGACUAGCUCAAAUAAGUUGUUGGUCAAAGCAGAAGAGCUGGAGAAACCUAAAGAGUCAGAAAAAGUGAAGAUCACCAAGGUGUUUGACUUUGCUGGUGAGGAAGUGAGGGUGACUAAGGAAGUAGACGCUGCAUCUAAGGAAGCCAAAUCUUUCCUCAAGCAAAAUGAGAAAGAAAAACCUCAGGCAGUUGUCCCUUCAGCGGCAGCACCAGCGCUCCCUGCUGGAUCGGGGAUAAAAAGAUCAAGUGGUAUGAGCAGCCUUUUGGGGAAAAUUGGAGCCAAAAAACAGAAAAUGAGCACCCUUGAGAAGUCCAAACUGGACUGGGAGAACUUCAAGGAGGAAGAAGGGAUUGGUGAAGAACUGGCCAUCCAUAACCGGGGGAAGGAAGGGUACAUUGAACGGAAGGCUUUUCUGGAUCGAGUGGACCACAGGCAGUUUGAAAUUGAACGAGACCUCAGGCUGAGCAAAAUGAAACCUUGACAUUCUGGGGAGAAUUAGUAGCAGCUUAUUCCUGUUGACAAUGUGAGCUCUCUGUGUGUCUGUGAACUGUUUCCAGUGCUCAUCAUCAUGUUUCCAGCAAGGCCCUUUACUACGUUGCAGUUUGGUUUAUGUAUCUUAAUCUUAGCAGGUUUCAUUCAUUUUACUUUUUAAAAUUUGUCUUUAAAUAAACAAAUAGAAGUCCUCUGUGAGGUUGGUAAAAGUGAAGAUGCCACUCCCCUUCCCUCUUCUCUUCUUCCAGCCCAGGCCCAGCUAGCAUCGCCCAGAGAGGCCAUGGGCCUCUCUCUGAGAUCAACCUUUCCCAGAAACCCGUAAGGGGGCUCCCUGGGCAGAUGCUGAGUCCCUGAGAAUUUGUUCUCAAUUGAUUCAGUAUCUCUUUUGUGUGAAAUUCUCAUGGUAAGGUGGAACACUGAUAUAAAUUAAUACUGAGUGGU